GGAGUAAUGCCAGGCAGAUAACGGAGGUCAUCACCCACGUACUCGUUGAGCUGCGUUAUCAGCUAGAUCGUUUAUUACCCGAGCAGGUAAUAUGGAAAAAAGAAAUUUUAAAUAAUUUAAAGCUACAUUAAUUUGUGUAUAACAAUUGAAUGUUAAUUUCAGGUAAUUUGGGAGCCAUACAAUGAUGCGCUUAUUGAGUCGUUACCUGAAUAUUGUCGGCAAGGACGACAAAUUUGGAGAGCUGUAGUGCCAUUAGUAUGCUUUCAUAUUAUAGAGUGGCAUCAGCCUGAUCGGGUCAUGCGCCAGUUUGGUAUGCAGCAGCAUAUUUCCGUUGAACCUCAACAAUCUGCUGCACUCCAUGAUGUUGACCUGCGUAAGAGCGACACAAACUGGGCUGAGGUGCACUCCCAUUGGAUUGCGCGCUGGAACACCCGAGAUAGACGAAUAAUUACUGCACCGCCAGUGACAGGGCCACUCCAUUUUCAUUCAGAGUAUAUGGAGUGGUACCGAAGGGUGUCCAGACGCUGGAUUUCAGUUAAAGGAGCGGCAUUGGGAUCAGGGGAGGAUGGUCUGGAGCAUAUGCACGUUAUGGCGACAAAUCCGACCACGGGGAGCAUGGCAUCUAUUUGCGACCUCCUACAGUCUGUUUCAUUCUGUAUGAUGGAAGAGAGGAGGCAAACACAGCUCCCAGCUCCAUAUCCAGCACCUACUCCACCACACAUCACUGUUGACCAAGAUGACCCACCCAUUCCAGAUUUUGUUUCACGUGGAAGACGGGGUAGAAACCGUGGUCAUGGCAGAGGUCGUAGAAGGGAUCAUCCAGAAACAGUAGAACGUGAUAGCGAUGUGCAUCCAGUGCCUCCCCCCAUACAGUAUCACCAGUCCCAAGAUGAAUACGAACAUGCACCGAGUUCCUCUAAUGUGCCACCCAUGUCUUCUCAUGUACCUUCAAUGUAUUAUCCUUCCCAGAGUCAGUUCAUGGGAUGGACGCCUGGUUCAAAUACGAUGCCUUCAUUCACUCCCGGUGCGUAUGGUGUACCAUUUACGCCGAUAGGAUCUAUGUUCCUUGCAUUUCCACCAGAGCCUACGCAUGAUGCUUCUACCUCUAGGCCGUUUCACACGUCAGGCGGCUCUACAGAGAAUGUGUUUGCAGGAUAUAAUCCUGGAUUAGGAUAUGGCCAGGCUGGUGUUAGUCAUUUUGGUCAGUCUGAUCCUUCUGGUUCAAUGGUGCAACAUCCAGAUGUCAGUGCGCCGACACAGGAGGAUCUGGAGCAUCAACAGUUCCUCGCACCGGGUCCAUGGCAAGGUCGAUUACGGGCUCCACAUGAGAGGAGACAUCGAGGGUGUGGGACUGGUGAUCAUGACUGACUGCGAGUUGAACAUGUAUGUAUGAAGUGUUUCAAUUAAAAUCUUU